ACAGCUAGUAUAUAGUGCUAGUAUCUAGUUUUCUUCUCAGAAUAAGCACCGGAAAUUUAUACCUCCGUAUCUAAGUGUAGGGCGGUCCUAAACAGUUCUUCGACCCUGGACCUUCUAUCGUCAUGUUUCUCACUAGUAUAAAAACAUUCUACCGAUCAAGUCUGGGAAACUUAAUGUAUAUAUAGUUACAUAACUGGCGAAUGUUUUUAAAUGUGAACGUGCCUGAGUAGACGUUAAUUGACGCGAGAGCGGUUUCAAAAGCCACAACAUAAAAACUUCUUGGAAAGCGGAAGUUUUCCACUUUGCAGACGGCAGUCGAGAUGCAGACAAACUCACGUGAUAAGAGUGACAGCUGUUCAACUUGUCCCAAGUGGCUCCACAUCAAAGAAUUCGGAUUAAGCCACAAAAAUCCCAAACGUUUUGUUACACUAGAGAUUGGAAGACCAAUAUUUUAUCUGCCUUGGACCAUUUUCUGGACAGUGUAUCACGGGGUUUGGAUUAUUCUGGAAGCUUAUUGGUGGUCUCUGAAAAGCCAUCGCGCCCCAAUGGAAUGGCUUCUGAAGCUGACUAACCUCGGAUACGUUGCUUUGUCAGCAGUUGCGAUUGUAGAAUGCAUGAUUGCUGUAUAUACUUACUGUUUCUUAACAGAAAAGGAGCGAGAAAUACAGACGAAUUUGCCUUGGUAUAGUAGAUUAUCAUGGAUUCUUCACAAUAUCUCCCAUCCAACAGCGCUUUUAAUUGCUUUAUCUUACUGGACGAUGAUUUUUCCUCAUCAUACAGUUAAAGCGUGGACCAUUAACAAACAUGCAAUCAACCUCUUGUACACAUUUUUACUUCUCAUCAUGACCCCAAAACCAGUCAAAUUUCAACACGUGUACAUUCCAAUGAUCUUCAGUUUUGUCUAUCUUUUAUUCACAUGGAUAUAUUUCUUGGUGACUGACGAAAUAAUAUAUUCAUUUCUACAGUGGGAUAAGCCAGGGAAAGCCAUUAAGUUAACUAUUCUUUAUGUCUUCGUCUGCACACCUCUUGCUCAUUUUGCAAUUUGUGGAAUUUAUAAACUUAAACAAUUUGUAAAGGAAAAGUGUAGACCAACAAAAUGUAAAACUGUUGAAAAUUGUGAGAAAAAACACGAAGAUUCAAAAGAGGAAAUGCUGAGUAAUACCAAUAACAGUGGAGUAGAAAAUGUAUAAUACGGACAGACGAGCUCCAGUGAAAUACUCACAGUAAAGGUUGUGUCAAUAACAGUAAUAAUCACAAAUAUUGUUUUUGUCUUUUUUACUGAAUACUCUAACUGAAUGUAUAUUAUAUAUUAGUGCAAUAAUUUGAGUUCAAUUUUUAUGCAAAAGAAUUUUUGUGAAAUAUUUAUUUUUAUAAUGUUGUUAGUGUGUAUAUCUUAUCUACAUAUACAAUCAUGUAAUUAUCUGUUUUUAUUGAUAGAGAAAGUUUAUUACGGGGAAACAAGUUUAGAUAAACAAAAACAUAAUUAUAUACUGUACUAUAAUAGGUUGUUUGAAUUUGGAUCGAGGCCCUUAAAAUAAUAAUACGUCAAUAUAUCAGAAAUCCGAGCUUACAUGAUUUCUGAAUGUACAUUUAAAAAUUCUGUUGGAAUCUCCAUGGGUACUACUUUUGAACUAUUAUAAGCAAACAUUUUUUGUAUUCAUAUGAGGCUUUCUUCCAAAAACUUCUACUUGAAAAGAAGAAGUUUUUGCUGUGACAUUCAAUUCAAGAUUUGUAUAUAAACUAAUUUAUCAAUUUCAUCCCUAGAUUGACUUGAGAUAUUACAAUAGACUUAUAAUAAAAGAUAAUACAGUGUC